AUGAACGCUAGCCCCCAGCUUCCCGGCGCCAGUUUCGACUUCUCGGAAAAGUUCAACAACUUUGCUGACAUGAGUAGCAUGUCUGCGCAAACACCCAGUUCAAACGGUGGGAGUAAUAAUGCCAGUCCUGCAUCUGUAGGAGGGGAUAACAAUCAUAGUAAUAGUGGAACGGCCUCGGCAGCGCCGGAAGUCCCAAGGCCGAAAAGGAUAGCUUGUGUCGUGUGUAGGAAGAGGAAGCUCCGGUGCGAUGGCUCAAAGCCUAGUUGCGGGACGUGUUCGAGGUUGGGCCAUGAAUGUGCAUAUGAUGAGAUAAGGCGAAAGAGCGGCCCCAAGAGAGGAUACGUCAAAGCGCUAGAAGCCCGUCUUGCUCAGGUAGAAACAUUGCUUAAGGAAAAUACGACCCCGGAACCACCGGCGACAGUGACCAACUCUUUCGUACCCCACCUAGUCAACCCUCCUCAGGUUUACGGCGGCAAUGGUAUCCCUAAUAGAGGUGACGGUGGUAUGCUGAAUAUGUCGGAGCGAUAUUACGUUGGAGCUUCCCCGGGACAAGGCCCAUUUGAUGCAGGGUCGGGCAUGCUAGAUAUACCGAUGCCCGUACCGACCAACAUCUUGGAAGAGCCUCAGUUACAGUGGGAUCUGAUUUCGAUGGGGUUUGAGGAGGCGCUGCCGGAGCAGUCGGUUAUUGAUUCGCUACACCGGACCUACUUCGAUAAGAUACACCCAUGCGUGCCAGUAAUCCAUAAAGGACGCUACCUUGCCAGUCUUGCCAUGGGCCCCACCCAGCGGCCGCCCAUUUGCCUGCGGUACGCCAUCUGGACGAUGGCCGCAUCCGUUUCCGACGAGCACUCGCACCGACAAGAGUCUCUCUACAAACGUGCGCGCAAAGCCAUUGAGGAAACGGAGCUGCGAGGCCAUGGCGAGGCCAUCAUAUCUGUGGCUUGCUCGCAGACCUGGAGCUUGAUUGCCUGCUACGAGUUCAAGCUAAUGUAUUUCCCACGGGCGUGGCUGUCAACGGGGAGGGCGGUGCGGCUGGCGCAGAUGAUGGGAAUGCACAGACUUGAUGGGGUGGGUCUGGAUGUCAAACAGUGUUUGCCGGCGCCGAAGGAUUGGUGCGAGAGGGAGGAGCGCAGAAGGACGUUUUGGGUCGCAUUCUGUAUCGAUCGGUAUGCGAGUAUCGGGACGGGCUGGCCCAUGACCGUAGAGGAGAAAGAUAUUUUAACAAACCUCCCGUCAACGGAGGAGGCAUACGAACAAGGUCGGCAAGAGCCGGGAUUAUCUCUAAAGGAGGCCAUGACGGCUGAUGGAGCGUCGAAAUUGUCGCCGUACGGCGGCGUCUGUUUGAUGGCCUGUCUUUUUGGAAGAAACCUCAUUCAUUUGCAUCGACCUGAUGCGGACGAUGCGGACGGCGACAUUAACGGGGCUUUCUGGACACGCCAUAGAAAUAUGGAUAAUGUUCUUUCAAAUAUCAAGCUUUCGCUUCCUGCCCAAUUCCGCCUUCCCAGUGGGAUGAACGAUCCCAAUAUUGUGUUUACUAAUAUGAACAUCCACACCUCAACUAUUUGCUUACAUCAGGCUGCAAUCUUCAAGGCGGAUAAGAACAGAAUGUCGCCUUCGGUAUCAUCUGAUAGUAAGAUUAGGUGUAUAACUGCCGCUGCGGAGAUUGCGUCGAUCAUGAGGAUGGUUUGCCAUCUUGACUUAUCAGGGAUGAACCCAUUCAUUUCCUUUUGCCUCUACGUUGCUGCCCGCGUCUUCGUACAAUACUUGAAAUCCCGUCCCCGCGACGAGCAAGUCCGCGCAUCUCUCCAGUUCCUCCUGACUGCAAUGGGUCACCUGAAGAAAAAGAACCCAUUGACAGAGUCCUUCCUCGUCCAGCUUGACGUUGACCUAACAGGCUCAAUGGACACACCGGAGAACGUUAACAGGUUUCCGUACAGCCUCAAGAAGGGCCAGCCAGAGAUCUAUCCCGGUGGUUGCGAUGGCUGCACUGCCAUGAUGCCAGAGGUAUCAGACGAUAUUAUCACCUCCGAUCUCGCCCAGAACUGUCCAUGUAUGUCGGGCGACCUACGAACGCUGAUCGAGCAGCACGCGCGGAUGGGCCCACCCACCGCAAGUGUUGUCCACGAGCUCCAGGGGAAAUUGCCAAAUGUCUGCCAGUGCAUGACUCCCGAGGUCAGGCUGUUUAUAGAGACAUGUGCAAAUAAAGGAAACAUGCUGCCGGACUAUAAUUUGAACAAUAGUAAUAGUAAUAGUCAGCAUUCGUCGCAUCAUAAUAUCAAUUCAGAUAAUGGGCAGUCGCCGGCGUCGAUGGAUUUAUCCGAUAAUUCGCAGGGCGUUACGCCCAGCUCGCAAGGUGUUACGCCGAGCUCGCAUGCGACACCGAAUCAGAUGGGAUCCGCAUCGGGGUAUUCGCCCAUUGGCUUUUCUGAUAUGAGCCAAAUGCAAGAUCUAAAUGGGAGCCAGUAUAGUAUCCCAAAGAAUGAUUGGGAUGCGGAGCUAUUAGGGUUAGAACAGUUUGAUGACCAGCUUGGGGAUUUGGCGGGUCAGAAUUAUAGUGAAUUUUUUAUGGAGGCGUCGACGCUGAUGAGGGAGCACUAA